AUGGUUAUGGAGGAUGUAGAAAUGACUUCUGCGAUCCCCAAUAAUGGUCAAAAUCAAGCUGAAAAACGUGCACAUCAUAAUGCUUUAGAACGAAAACGACGCGAUCACAUCAAAGGUAGUUUCAAUGAUCUACGAGAUGUAAUUCCAUUUAUCAAAGGUGAAAAGGCAUCACGUGCACACGUUCUCAAAUCCGCUACGGAAUAUAUUCACGCAUCGAAAGCAAAAAACCAACAGCACCAACAGACCAUCGAAGAUAUCAAACGACAAAACGCCAUUUUGGAAUUACAAGUUCGUCUUCUCGAACGAGCUAAAGACACGAGUUUAUACGCUCAAAAUCAUGAAUCCAUGAUGAAUAUCAAUUUCAAAGAAGACCUUAAAACAACUUUGACCAAUUGUGAGGAUCCAUUUCGUGCAAUAAAAGAUAUCCAAGAUGAGAACGGCAUUGCUCUCGCACAAAUUCGUCCGGCACUGCCUUUACUAGAUUUACUAGGAGUUAAACGACUGGAUUUUCAUCUAGCUGUUCUCGAUGACAUGAAAGAGCGACUAAUCAAGCGAAUACAAGAAUUAGCACAGCAUGAUGACAAACAACAACUAGAAAUCUUACUCGAGAAAAGUUUCAGCGUGAUUAAUUUAGCACACGUGACGCCAAUCGUCAUGGAGAUUGUGAAGCACAUGCCGAAAAUCCCUGAUCGAUAUGUCAAAUACAUAGUUGACCAUGAACAAAUCUAUUCCCGCGCCCCGAUCGAACUGAAACGUUUGAUUUGGACGGAUAAUCAUGCAUUAUUUCAAAAAGAACUCCAACCAAUAAUUUCACAAUACCUCUUGAAUGUGGAAGAACAAUUAUUACAAUGUGAUCAUAAUUAUUUUCUUCAAUUGCCUAAACAACGUCGACAAACUUCGCCAACAAUUCAAUCGCUUGUACAAAUGAUUGGAACAAAUGUUAAAUUAUAUGAUAUCGUUCGCAGUAGCCUGCAGAAGUUAUAUCAACGAACAAAAAUUGUGCAUUACUCAUCGUUGCGUCUGUUACUGUUAAUGGCAUUUCACGAUUUAGAAAAUAAUAGCGUGUCAAAAUCAGAUUCAAUUCAUAUUUUUGUUUGGACAUUAGAUGCAGCUUUGAAAGAAAGAAAAUUAGAUGUGAAAAAACAACGAGAAAUCGAACAAUUUCUUGAUGCACAUGCAAAAGAUACAAAUAUCAUCAAUAAACACAUUCCAUUCGUCCUUGCUGAUCCCAAUGUUGUCUCAAUAUUAGCGAAAUCAUGUAUUUUGUCGUUACAUAAACAGGUCGAUGAUGAAAUCCCAUUACCACGUUCGAACAAAGAAUUACAAUUCCUACUCAAACUACUCAAUAUGGGUUUAUGUAGUUGGGAUGUUCUCGAUGGUGCCAUGUCAUAUCACGAUCCAAUUGAUUCCAAGUUACUGACACAUUACUUACCAUUUCUUAUACGAUUGAUAGUAGAAAAUCGGUUGAACACGGAUACAUCUUCAUCGUCCACACUAAAGCUCGUCUUGCCACAAACUGAAUUUGUUCAAUAUAUGAUUAAUAAUCGCCUAGCUUGUCAGUUGUUUCUUCGUUUUAUCAUCGAAAUCUAUCAUCAGAAACAGUUCUGGUUAGCGAAUCAGCUAAUACUUUAUUUGAAUGAACUUGUCGAAUGCGGUGCAGCAGAUAAAUUAUUCCUGCAUCAACUAGUCUAUUUCGUCCGACAAUCAGUUGAACAGAUACAUUAUAUUGGGAUUCUAUUAGACCGAUUUUUUGUUCUACAAGCACAAGGACACGAAUUCGUGUUGUAUUAUGGGUUGUUACUACUUAAACAUGUCCUAUAUAAACCAAAUGGUACAAACCUUGUUAGUAAAUAUUUAUCACACUCACUUAAACCGUCACAGGAUCAUUCAACAUUUAUUCAUGAUAAAUAUCAACAGUUACUUCAUGAUUAUGACGAAUAUCUCCGACAAUUACAAUCACGUGAACACAGCCAGCAACAAUCAGCCACAGAUAAACAAAGUUCAUUUUCGAUUUUUCAUUGA